UGUUUCGCAACACUGCACCGACACGGGGCGUCUGCAACAUGCUAGUUCAUUGUAACUUAUUUCGUCUUUAUUAUAUUACGUUAACAAAGCUAUGAAGCGUAAGUGAAAGUCUACAUGCAUUCAUAACAAGUGCCGUCCGCUGCAUACAAGUUUACUGGAAGUCGUGCAAGCAGUCUCGCAAGAUGUUGACCUGGCAUGACCUCUGCAACGAAGAAUUUGUGUACUGGCACGGCACCCACUUCAGCCGCUGCUUUCUGCACAUCGUCUUCAUCGCCACACAUUCCCUGCUGGCGGUGACGAGCUCUUUCUACGCCGGGUUGCGGAAGACGGCGGUACGCGAUCAGCAGAUUCUGCUCUUACUUCCUCCCACAUUCAGGACUCGACUGCGCAAGGCAUGCUGCGUGGUGAUGCUGAUCGCGCCCGCCACGUUCCUGGUCCUCUCGCAGAUGAUCCUCGGCGAGAGCCUCGCUCCGCUCGCUUACGUCUCCCUGUGCGCGGUGCUUACGUGUUGGCUGGUGCAUUUCUUUUACCUUCAGACUCUAAGCAACCCGCUCAGCUUACAACGGCGUAGCGUCGGCGAAUUGCCGGUGGUCGUCCUCGUGCUGUUGUGCGGCAUUUCUUCGGUGCUGCAGAUAAGCGCCCUGCUGUCGGACCCUCCGUCGACGUCGCGCCGCGGAGAACUGUACAGUUUAGCCGCGAGCGCGGUCGCUACGGUCUUCUACCUGGUGUCCGCCAUUCGCCUCUCGAGCACGGCCAGCACGCCGCGGAGGGUCACCGAGACGGACUCCGAACACAGCUACGUCAGGUUCGUCGUGGGCGACGACGCAUCCGCGUUGGGCACCGCGGAAGACUGCAACUGUCUGUCGCGCCUGACGUUCUGGUGGACCGGACGGCUGAUGCGGAGAGGCUACCGCGGCCAGUUGAACGAGCCCGAAGACCUGCACGAACUGCCCCUCUCCCUGCGCCCCGAAGAGGUGGCGCUCCGUGUUCAGAAGGUGUCGCACGGUACAAACUCGUUGAUCGCCAUCCUGUACCGCUGUUUCGGCGUCGAGUACGUCGCCAUCGGCGUGCUGAAGAUGGCGGCGGACGCGCUCGCGUUCUCCGGACCAAUUUUGUUGAAUAAGUUGGUCACGUACCUGGAAGAAGGGAACACCGCGGCGUGGGAGGGUUACACUUACGCGGCCGCUCUCUCUCUCGCGAAUCUCCUCGGGGCCGUCCUCUCGACGCACUACAACUACGGGGUGUCCCGCGUGGGGCUCAAAGUGAGGGCAGCCAUUGUGGCCCUGGUGUACAGCAAGACGGUAUCCAUUCAAACGCGAGCGCUGCAGGGCGGCGCGGGCGGGAAGGCGAUGAACCUGAUGACGACGGACACCGAUAGGGUGGUGAAUGUGUGUCCGAGCUUCCACCAGGCGUGGAGCAUGCCGCUGCAGCUGGCGGUGACGCUGUACCUGCUGUACCAGCAGGUCGGACUGGCAUUUCUGGCCGGUCUAUUGAUCGCCGUCCUGUUGGUUCCCAUCAACAGGUGGUUGGCAAUCCGGAUCGGGACGUUGAGUGAAGCGAUGAUGGCGGAGAAGGACGCUCGAAUACGGUUGAUGUCCGAGAUGCUGUGGGGAAUGCGAAUAAUCAAGAUGCAGGCGUGGGAAAAGCUCUUUGGAGAUCAAGUGCUGGCGGUCCGUCAGAGAGAGCUGGGAUACCUGCGUCAGCGGAAAUACCUGGAUGCCAUGUGUGUCUUCUUCUGGGCCACCACUCCAGUUCUCAUCUCCGUGCUCACCUUCAUCACCUACGUCCUGCUUGGCCAUAAGCUCACAGCUGCAAAGGUCUUCACCUGCCUGGCACUCUUUGCAAUGUUGAUAGUUCCACUGAAUGCAUUCCCGUGGGUGCUGAAUGGGCUCAUGGAGGCGUGGGUGUCGAUCAAACGAACUCAGCAAUACUUGGACUUGCCCAAUUUUGAUCCGGCUUCUUACUACUCAAAGGAAGAAAAGAAAGAUGUACCUGCGGAGAUAGCGUCCGGCGUGUUCCACUGGGGAGCAGACGACGUCUAUCAGAUGCCCUCGUCAAUCUCCACGUUGCAACACGGCAACAACUUUUUCCUCGGUCCCAUCAAUCUAAGUCUGAUGAAGGGCAAGCUGGUGGGUGUCGUCGGACCCGUGGGGUGCGGAAAGAGCACCCUCAUCUCGGCGCUUCUGGGCGACACCACUCUGUCUCAGGGCUCCGUAUCGCUCAGCGGCCAUCAGGGUGUCGGACUGGUCACACAGGAGCCCUGGCUGCAGGGUGGCACCCUACGUUCCAACGUGCUCUUUGGGAAGCCCUUUGAAGCGUCUCGCUACCAGCGCACCCUGGAGUGCUGCGCCCUUAUUGAGGAUGUGAAGGGUAUGCCAGCUGGUGACCUUACAGAAGUCGGAGAGGGUGGCCAAGCGCUGAGCGGCGGCCAGAAGUGCCGAGUUUCCUUGGCCCGUGCUGUUUAUCAGGAUUUUGAUCUGUAUCUGCUAGAUGAUCCACUGUCAGCGUUAGAUGCUCACGUGGCUGAACAGGUGUUCGAACAGUGCAUCAUGGGUACCUUGGCUUCCAAGACACGGCUGCUGUGCACGCAUCAAGUUGGAUUCCUGAACCGUGCGGACCACGUCUUUGUUCUCAGUGGUGGAAAGGUCAUCGCCUCUGGACCUCCGUUAUCUGUACUGCAUGCCGAAGCACUGUGGCAAGAGCCACUCUCCCCCACAAGGCGAUUAUCCGAAAAAUCUGAAGCAGGGGCAGGCAGCCUCACACCCGAGGGACAGGACGUGGAUAAAAACGUAGCCCCAGCACUGGUCGAAGCAGAGGCCAGAGAAAUUGGAGCUGUGCGUUGGAGCACUGUCAGCAGCUACUGGGAUGCUGUUGGCUUCUGGCUGGCGCUGGCAGUCCUGCUUUCCGUUGUUCUCAUGCAAGCUUCACGCACAUCGACGGACUGGUGGUUGGCAGCGUGGGUCUCUCACAUCAACGUCACCAGCAACGUAACGACAGAGACGACCUAUUUCAGUCAAGCGGUCAGCCAAAGCCCCUUCACCCUGUUCCUCUCCAUCUACGGCGGAAUAGCCGUGGCAAACGGCAUUCUGACGCUGAUCCGAGCCUUCCUCUUCGCGUACGGCGGGCUCGUGGCUGCGGUCCGGAUCCACACCCUGCUCCUGAACCGGAUUCUGGCAGCUCCGUUAUCCUUCUUCGAGGCGACGCCCAUCGGGAGGGUGCUGAACAGGUUCUCCACGGACGUGUGCGCCAUAGACGACUCUCUUCCGUUUGUGCUCAACAUAUUGCUCGCUCAGGGGGCAUCCCUGCUCGGGACGUUAAUAGUGACAACCUACGGACUUCCCUGGUCGCUGUUGCUGCUCGUGCCUCUGGCAUUCGCCUACCAUUCUAUACAGCAGUACUAUCGCUGGACGUCGCGCGAACUCAAGCGCCUGGGAAGCGUCACCCUCUCUCCAAUCUACUCCCACUUCGCUGAGACUCUCAAAGGGUUGUCCGUCAUCCGCAGCUUUGGCGCUGCCGCAAGGUUCUGCCAGGAGAACCUGCACAAGCUGAGCGUCAAUCAGCAGGCAGUGUUUGCGUCGCUGGCGGCGUCGCAGUGGCUGGGGCUGCGUCUUCAACUCAUGGGCGUCGUGCUGACGUCCGGCAUAGCGUUCCUGGCAGUAGUCCAGCAUCACGUGCGCGGGGUCAGUCCAGGAUUUGUGGGGCUCGCACUGUCAUACGCACUUUCGGUGACAUCACUGUUGAGUGGCCUGGUGACGUCAUUCGCGGACACCGAAAAAGAGAUGGUGAGCGUCGAACGAGCGGACCAGUACAUCAAGGGCGUCGAGGAGGAACCUCGCACGGGACACAUAGAACCGCCCCUGGGAUGGCCCUUCUCGGGUGUGGUUCACUUUUCAGACGUCUGCCUUCGCUACAGAGAGGGACUUCCACUGGCGCUGAACAACGUAUCCUUUGUGGCCUCCUCCGGAGCCAAAGUGGGCAUAGUGGGGCGUACGGGAGCGGGAAAGUCGAGCCUCCUACGCGCCCUCUUCCGUAUCGCCCCUCUGGAGAGCGGCCAGAUCUACCUCGACGGCAUCGACAUAUCGACCGUGGACCCCAAGAGCGUUAGGUCUCGCCUCGCCGUCAUCCCGCAGGAUCCCUUCGUGUUUUCGGGGUCUGUCCGGGCAAACAUAGACCCCCACGAUUGGUACCCGGACAUUCAGCUCUGGAGAGUCCUGGAACACUGUCACAUGAUCUCAACAGUGUCCCUCCUUGGGGGUCUCGACGCCCCCGUGGGACAACACGGAUGCCGACUCAGCGUGGGACAGAGACAGCUACUCUGCCUAUCGAGGGCACUGCUCUACAAAGCACGGGUACUGUGCCUGGACGAAGCGACUGCGAGCAUAGACGGAGAAACUGACAAGGCGAUACAGAGUACCCUGCGACACUCCUUCGAGGGUACCACCACCAUCAUCAUCGCUCAUAGGGUGCAGACCGUUAUGGACUGCGACCAGAUCCUCGUCAUGUCCAACGGAAGCAUCGUUGAGUCCGGCAGUCCGGCGGAGCUGCUCAAAAGGGAGCAGGGCAAAUUUCACGCGCUGGUGCGAGCGGCGCAAAAGCAUCACGCUCACAAGACCGACUUGGCUCUCGAAGAGCACAAACAGAAUCUCGACGCUCACCCAACGGCGAAGAAUGUGCUGUCGUAAAGCAUAAGCUGCUUAGAGGUAAAGAAAACAAAUUGCCUGUGCUCGGAUAAUGUAAAAAAUACUACCAGUAACUUUUCAAACUGCUUUUGAAGUAGGUGACUGAAAGCAAUACAUUGCUGACAAUAAGUAAAUUUAAAAAGCAGUACUGUAGGGAACAACUUGGAAUACGAGUGGUGACGACUGUGAUCUCAAGUUUUUCUUUUUUACCUUGUAGCGUAUCCCAUGCUGUACAAAUCAAAUAAUACAUAUAUUUUAAUGA